UACAUGGAUCUACAGUACUAAUUAAGUUUUGUGCACAUAAUUGUGCAUCUUUCUAAAAAUCAGAGAAAUUAUACUUGGUAUAAGGUUUCUUUAAAAAAUGAAUCAUGCUCAGAGAAUAAAAAUGUUUCUGUAGACACGGAGUUUAUUCAAAGUUAUGCUUUUCUUGAGCAUUGCUUUGGAAUACAUCAUUGUAAUGUGCAGCUCACAUAGUUCAGCAUUUUUAAAGAUGUAAAACAGUAAGUUAUAAUUUUAGAUGUUUAAAAUGAAAUUCUAUAUGCUGAUAGUAAAAUCCAUGUAGGUGCUCGUAAAUUUCUGGAAUUAAAUAUUUAAAAUAAUUUGACAUAUCUUUAUUAGAAUCAAAAUUGACUACUUAAAAACUAUAAGCAUACUGUAUAAGUCAGUGAUGACGAACCAUUUUGGCACUGAGUGCCCAAACUGGAAUGUGCAUGUGCGCCCUGGAAACUCAAAGGCCAGCUGGUAUGUCGCAUCAGCCAGCUGGUCUUCAGAUUUCCUGAGCUGCAGCACGCAUGAUCAUCUGGCCAGUGCGCCUGUGCAUGCUGGAAACCAGAAGACCAGAUGGCAACAGUGUGCAUGCCCACAGAGAGGGCUCUCUGCGUGCCACCUCUGGCAUUUGUGUGCCAUAGGUUUGCCAUCACGGGUAUAAGUAAUUGCAGAAUACAGUGACCUAUUAAAAAGUGACUUGUUUAAAACUUAAAAAAUCAUGGCUUAUAGCAGACAGAACCCUUCCCAGUAUUAGAUGGGAGAAGAAUGUUUCUUGUUCAUAAAUAGCAACACCUGGCAAUAGCAACCAAUAGGACAUUUCUUUCACUUAACUUCCUCAGUUCUGCCUCCCCCAAAUAUCCUGUUCUUCAUUUGAGGGCUUUGUGACUUCAUUAAGCAUUAAAAUCUUUCAGAUUAAUUGUUUCAUAUAAACGAUUAGCACUGAUUGUCAGAAUUUGCCUUGGCAAAUUUGAUGCUCUUCCAGCCAUACGUAGUUGUUAGUGCUGGAAGAAUUGCACAGUUAUUUAGGUAAUUCUGAAAGCACUUCCUGGUUACUAAAUUUACAUGAUAAAGCAGCUGUUACGAUGCUCCAAAAGCUGCUUUCAUGCACAAUAAGUUUUGCAUAGUUGCACGGUAAUACAGUGAACAAAGUUUUAAGUAGGGGAAUAUGAAAUUUGUAGCUUGCAGUGUCAGGAAUCCCCCCUUCCCCAAGCACAUUCCCUGUGGGACCUUGCAUAUCACAGGGUUUGCUGGAGAUUGAAUGGAGGAAACGUGAAAAGGAUGCUUGCAAAUCCUAUUGUAUUUAGUUGUUACCCUUGGAAAUUGUGCAUGUUAGGAUAUGCUUAAUAUUUCCACCCAUAGAGGUCUAGAAGAUUUUUGGCAGUGCACAAGUUACUUACCAUCUUAUUGCAACCUGCUAUGGAACAGAAUUUGAAAACUGGUUUUAGAACAACUCUCAUAGCUCACUGUGCCGAUGUUCUUCAGGACUAGAGUUAUAGAGAGAUCUUUUUCAGUUCACAAAACACAUUCCAUAAAGGAGAUGGAAAAUAUAUUUCAAUUGGUGCGAAAUGUUAUUCCACCUUUAACUGCCAAAAAACACAAAGGCCAAGAUGGAAGAAUAGGAAUUGUUGGAGGAUGCCAAGAGUAUACAGGAGCACCAUAUUUUGCUGCAAUUUCUGCUCUCAAAGUGGGGGCAGACCUAUCACACGUAUUUUGUACCAAAGAUGCAGCAACUGUAAUAAAAUCUUACAGUCCAGAGCUUAUAGUUCACCCAGUUCUUGACAGCCCUGAUGCUGUGCGUGAGGUAGAAAACUGGUUACCACGACUUCACUCAGUUGUCAUUGGACCAGGUUUGGGAAGAGAUGAUUUAUUACUUGAACAUGCCAAGGGCAUUAUAGAAAAAUCCAAGGUCAAAGGAAUUCCUAUUGUAAUUGAUGCUGAUGGUUUAUGGCUCAUUGCCCAACAGCCUUCUCUUAUUCAGGGUUAUCCUCGAGCUAUUCUUACUCCAAAUGCUAUGGAAUUUAGCAGACUCUAUGAGGCAAUGCUUAGAGAUCCUGUAGACAACAACGAUUAUCAUGGCUGUUUGUUAAGGCUCAGCCAAGCCUUGGGGAAUUUGACAAUUGUUCAGAAAGGCGAACGAGACCUCAUUUCAGAUGGAGAAAAAGUGCUUGUAUGUAGCCAUGAAGGAAGCAGCAGGAGGUGUGGGGGUCAAGGAGACAUCCUCUCUGGGUCCCUAGGAGUCCUAGCACACUGGGCCUUUCUUGCGGGACCAGAAAAAACAAAUGGUCAAAAUCCCUUUCUAGUGGCUGCAUUUGGAGCAUGUUCACUUACAAGGCAGUGCAACAACCAAGCAUUUCAGAAAUUUGGACGGUCCAUGACAGCCUCUGACAUGGUUUUAGAAAUUGGAACAGCCUUUAAUAAACUCUUUGAAACCUAAGACCAAAGCAGCAGAAGAGGAAGAAGAAGAACAGGUCUUGCAGCCACGAAAGUUACAGUAGGAUGUCCUUGUACAAUGCACCCUUUUUCAAGUGCUGUUAGCAGUAAUGGUAUACUAGGUAGUUUUUAUUUUUUAAAAUAAAAAGUGUAGGCAUUUUUAAAGGGUUUGGAAUAUUUUUUUUCUUUGCCUUUUUUGGGAUGAAUAAGCUGUAGUUGCAGAUGUUAUAAUAAAACAAAACUGAAAAUA